AUGUUUAGACCUACUAUAAUGCCUCGUAUCAUGAAUCCACUUGGACUAAUGAGCACCAAGUUUAGACCUACUAUAAUGCCUCGAAUCAUGAAUCCACUUGGACAAAUGAGCACCAAGUUUACCAGAAGGUUACAUAUGUCCUUCAAGACCAUGAAUAAACCCUUGGUGGAACAGGAAAAACAAGCAUAUCGAUUAAGAAUGGAGGAUGCCGAUAAACUAAGAAAAGAGCAGGUCAAAUUGAGAAACACAAGUACUACAUACUACUUUGCAUCGUUAGCAAUGGUAUUCUUAGCUCUUGCAUUUGCUGCUGUACCAUUAUAUAGAGCAAUCUGUCAAAGAACAGGUUGGAGUGGUAUUCCAAUCACAGAUUCAAAUCAAUUCACUGCUGACAAAGUUAUACCUGUAGACACCAACAAGAGGAUCAGAAUUUCGUUCACGUGUCAGUCGUCCGGAAUCUUGCCUUGGAAGUUUACUCCUCAACAAAGAGAAGUUUAUGUCGUUCCUGGUGAAACUGCAUUGGCUUUUUACAAAGCUAAGAACAUGUCAAAAGACGAUAUUAUCGGUAUGGCAACUUAUUCUGUCGCCCCUGAACACACUGCUGGUUAUUUCAACAAGAUUCAAUGCUUCUGUUUUGAAGAACAAAGAUUAGCAGCCGGGGAAGAAGUAGAUAUGCCUGUUUUCUUCUUUAUUGACCCAGAGUUUGCUAAGGAUCCUGCCAUGAGAAACAUUGACGAUAUUGUUUUGCAUUAUACUUUCUUCAAAGCUAGAUACGCUGAAGGAGAAUUAGAAGCUGUUCCAACUGGAGAAUUAGAAGCUGUUCCAACUGACCAAGUUCAAUUAACCCCUGCUUAA